GGUAGGACGUGGAGAAGGACAGCUCUAUUAUACAAGUGCCCCAAGUACAGAACUAUAGACGGGCAGUGAAACGUUACGCAUUGUACAAAUAAACAAUAGUCUGCACUUAAUUAAUGAGUUACUCGCUACGGGUAGUAAGCUACUGUCCGUGCUCGCAUAUCGCCUUAAUACGCGCUUGAGUAAGGCUUUCGUUCAGUGAUUGCAUAUGGUGCAGCAGUCAAAGAAGAAAAAAUACAGUUUGGCUACACGUCAUACUAGCGCCCACACGAAAGAGCAUUUUCCGCGAACGUCACAGGUGUGCUAAAGAAAUAAUCCCGCAGAAGGUUCAAUUACUCGAAGCGAUCUGUGAAUGUGAAUUCAUUCGACACGCAGGCAGAGCGUCAUCGAAGUGAGGAGCGCGACAAAUAUGUCUGUAAAUAUACGCAUCGAUGAGGCUCGCUCCCUUGGGGACCAACAUGACCAACAAGGUUGCGAUGGACAGACGACGUGUGAGGAAGCGUGUCGUGACGAUGGCGAUGUGGAAGUGGACAUGAAAUUUGGUUUGUUCGUGGAUACUGAUCGUUCGAUGCCUCGGAAUGUAUCGGAAGAGGAGUUCGAUUUUGAUUCCGCUUUCAGUUCCGAAUCGAACCAAGGGCUCACCGAUGAAAGUACGAUUGACCACCUGGACGACAGAAUGCUGCCAGAUGGUGCAGUCGAACGGGAGCGGCUGAAAUCCCUGGAAGACGAACAUGAAAUCCUGUCGUCGAAUUUGAUUGCACUGACAUCACAUUUUGCCCAGGUGCAGCUACGACUGAGGCAAAUAGUGGAAGCGCCACCGCAGGAGCGGGAUACUUUGCUGAAAAAUCUGGAAGAGUUUGCCUUCCUUGGCAUACCGGAAAUACAACAGAAUCCGGUGAAGCAAAACAUUCCCGAAAUUGUGGCCAAUCUCGACAAGAGCCCCGAAUCGGUGGAAAAUCUGCGCGAAAAACAACAGGAGCUUAUCGGGCAGCUGAAGUCGCAGCUAAUGGACCUGGAGCGAUACGCAUACGAGUCUGGGGCGGGCAUCCUGCCACAAACGAUUCUUCUGGAAAAGCAGAAAGUAAUCAUCGAGGAAAUAAAGAAGAAAAUCAACCUUAACUUGAACGAGCUCGACUUGCCACAGCUGACAUCGGAAGAUCUGCGUCAGCAAGUAGACAGCGCUCUCGAUGAGCUAGUGAAUCCACUGAAGAUGAAGGAACAGUUAGUGACGCAGCUGAAAACGCAAAUUCAGGAUCUCGAGCGGUUCAUCAGCUUCCUGCAGACAAACGAGAAAGCGGAAAUAAAAAAACGUUUCCUGGAGCAGCAGAAGCAACAGGAACAGAGAGCCGAGGCAUCCAAGGGAAACGAGGGCCGAUCGCAACAUUCGUCGGACCGUCACACUCUUUCAAAGCCUAUGUCCGCUCACCCGAGUAACGGCACCAGUGCAAGCCAGGCUGCAGCGAAACGGGAAUCGUUCAAUAGCAAAGCGUUUGGUUUGAUGGAUAAGGCCGGAACGCUGCUGCAAAUGUUCGCCCUGUCGCAGUUCAACUGUGGAAGUGAGCAUCGAAACAGCGAGACAAACUAUCAAACCAAGAUGAUGACCCGCACGCGACAAAACUGUUGGGGCGAUAUUCGAGCAAGACUGGAGUACGACGUGCAGGAGAUAGCGUCUUUGGCGCUAACCAUGCAGAAUGAAAUAUCACCCAAGGAAGCGGACCACAACGACGAGGAAGACGAGGACUCGAACCGUCCUGGCCGCGACAAUAGGAAGAAUUACGAGUUGACUCUGCUUGUUCGCAAGCGUUUGGCGAAAACUAUCCAACGGUUAAUGCAGCACGGUUUGCGGAGCAUUUCCGAGAGUGCGAGCCACAGCCUUGUACCAUUCAUUUCCGGGUGCUUUUCUACUACGGGCAGCGGCCAUAGUGGUACCAACCAUUCCAGCAUGAGCGGUCGUGCAAAUGAAAGUUUCUACCGCUCGGAAGUUAGACGAAAGAGUACCGGGGCAACGACUACUGCGCCGAAGAAACAAUCGUCGUAUGUGGAGGAGGAUACGUCGAAUGCGGCCGUUACGGAGGAGAAUCUGUUUUCUCAGUUAGAUGACGAUGAAGAAGAGGAUAUGGAACCACAAUUCGAUAGCAAUAACAAGGACGAAAUGCAUGUCUGGGAGUUGCUGCUGGUGUAUUACAAUAUAAAAAAUGGUGAUCGUUACAACUCGACGCCGGCUAGAAAGUUGUCAGAAAGCUUCAACCUGGACAUCGUGGACGGUAGACCGUUGUCGAACAAGCAGAGUCUUCUCAGUGCUAUUGGGUCGAUCAUAGCAUUACACAGUCCCUACAAGAGAAGCUACGAUUCACAGUUUAAGGCAUUCGUAUGUGCCGGAUUGAAUGCCCAGAAGUUAACACAAUGGCUGUACCUUAUAUUCCAGUGCAAAGAGCUGGUUAGCUCGCAUUAUGCCAGCUGGAGCUAUGUGGCCAACACCGGAUUUCGCGACGCUCUAAAAACGUUGGAUUGCCUGACACAGUACCGGUUUGAUCUUCCAGUCGAUUUAUCAAUUCGUCAGUUUAAAAACAUCAAAGACGUUUUUAUAUCAGCAAGGUCAAUCGACACGGCUGGCGUAGCAGAUCAGUGGGAAGUAGACAGUGCGGCCAUCGGAUCGUGGCACGUUGGACGAAGCCCUGACCAUCGGGCUCUGGCAACAAUGAAAAAGCACGAUCUACCGUACAGCAACAAAGCUAGGCAGAUUAAAAAUGCGGACUUUGAGCAUUACGAUUACAUUUUCGGAAUGGACGGGGAGAACAUUGCUGAUUUGAAGGAACGCGCGCCCAAGGGAGACAGCAAAGCGAAAAUACUACUGCUGGGUGAUUUCGAUCCGCAACAGCCUGGUGCUAUCAUACGCGAUCCGUACUAUGAUAGCGGCUCGGAAGGGUUCGAGCAGUGCUACGUGCAGUGUUCCGUGCUGUUCGAACAACCGAGGUGCUGGUGUGAAGCUCUUCUUCCGUAUCGCGAACACCGUUGUCGUUGUGGUCGCCGUAGUUUUCCGUCGUCGAAAAAUCAUUGCUUUCCGGAAUCCAAAAGCUGUGGAAAAGGUGCCAACAUGAGUGUCGACGCUGCCGUUCCUCAACCCGCGGAUUCCUCCAAGGUGAUGAAUGGCAUGAUGGAACGGCCGAACGGCGUAAGCAACGGUCACUCGGGCGGUGGUGGUGAAAACGGCGAUCGUCAUAAAAGCCACAAAAGCUCUAGCAAGGACAAGCAUCGUGACAAAGAUCGUGACAAAAAUCGGGAUAAGGACAAGCAUCGCGAUAAAGAUCGCGAUCGAGAGAAGGACAAGAAUCGCGAUAAGCACAAGAGCAGCAGCCAUUCGUCCUCUUCGAAAAGUGGUAGCAGCUCAUCGAAGGAUAAAGAGAAGUCUGACAAGGAGAAACAUAGCUCUAGUAGUAGCAGCAACAAGGAUAAGGAAAAAAGCCACCACAGUAGCUCGUCGACGCACAAAAGCUCCAAAAGCGAUAAAGAUCGGUCGAAGGAUAAGGAACGGGACAAAGACAAACAUCGAAGCCGCGAAGAUGGCAAGGAUCGUGACCGUGAUCGCGACAAGAAGGAUCGCGACAAAAGCAGUCGAAGCGAUAAAGACAAGGACAAGCACAAAUCGUCAUCCUCGUCCUCGUCGAACAAAGACAAGGAUCGGGAUAAGCAUAAGAGUAGCAGCAGCAGCUCUAGCCGCGACAAGGAUAAGGACAAGAACAAACAUUCCAGCUCGAGAAGGGACAAGGAUAAGCACUCCUCGUCGUCGUCAUCCUCCAAACAUAAGGAUCGGCACCGAGAUGAGAAAGUAGCUUCGGGCGAGGUGAAGGUGAAGGAAGAACCGGAGCCUGUUCCGACGGAAUUCUUAAACGGAGAAGGGUAUAUACCCCAGCAGAAUGACGCGAUGGUGGAAAACCACGCAGGACCUGUGGGAGGAAAGUUGGACAUUUCCCAGGCAAGUUCGUGCGAUUACUCGAUGUCGCAGUUCCGCGCCGACGAGACACCAUUUGCGUUGAAGCAAAAUGAAACGAUGGACCAAAACACUUCCAACCAGGGCGACGAUUAUCAGAAUAACGAUGACGAGGAGGGAGAUGACGCAAGUCGUUAUAAUGAUUUUAACACUGAGAAUGGUCAUCACCAUGAACAACAGCCCCAUAUGUACCAGCAGCAGCAACACCAGCAGCAAGGAUAUUUUGGUGGCAUGCAGCAGCAGCACGAACAGUAUCAGGCGAACGUUCAGGCCGCUAUCAAGAUGGAGCCGCUAGAUAUCAAAGAUGAACCGCAAUCUGGCCAGGAGGGAGAGGAAGAGUCCGAGGACGAUAUACCACUAUCAAAGCGGAAGAAACGCGAGGCUGAAGAAGGCUACGAUGAAGAUGGUAGAAAGAAGAAGAUUAAGACAGAGAAAAAAGAUAAGAAAAACAAAAAGCGCUCGCAUGAUUCCGAUGAUGCCAACGAGAACGACGAUGAUGUCAAUAGCAGCAAGAAGAAACCGAAGAAGACUAAAAUAAAAAAGGAGCCAGGAGUAGAACCACCCACCCAACAAACGAAGAAGAAUGCUAAGGCUGCCCCCCCAAUGCCUGGAACCAAUCAGGCAGGAACCGGCGACCAGGCUGGAACCGGCAAGACUGGACGAGCUCGGGUAAAGAAGGAAGAAGAAGAGCAAGAAGUAUGGAAAUGGUGGGAGGAGGAAAAGCGCGACGACGGCGUCAAAUGGAAGUAUUUGGAGCACAAGGGGCCUGUAUUUGCACCACCGUACGAUCCACUUCCUUCGCACGUGAAGUUCAUGUACGAUGGCAAAGAAAUGAAGCUCUCGCAGGAUGCGGAGGAAGUGGCAGGCUUCUACGCGCGCAUGCUGGAACACGACUACACAUCCAAGCAAGCGUUCAAUGACAACUUCUUCAAGGAUUGGCGCAAAACGAUGACGCCCCACGAGCGGGAGCGCAUCACCGACUUGGGAAAGUGUAACUUCCGUCCUAUGGCAGCGUACUUCGCGGAAAUGGCCGAGCAGAACCGGAAUCGCAGCAAAGAGGAGAAGGCUGCACUGAAGGCGGCGAACGAGCAGCUGACGAAGGAGUACGGCAUUUGCGUUAUCGAUGGGCAUAAGGAAAAGAUUGGAAACUUCAAAAUAGAACCGCCCGGUUUGUUCCGCGGCCGUGGCGAGCAUCCGAAGAUGGGCCUGGUGAAGAGGCGCGUUAUGCCCGAGGACGUCAUCAUCAAUUGCUCGCAGGACAGCAAAAUACCGUCCCCACCGCCAGGUCGCCGAUGGAAGGAGGUGCGCCACGACAACACUGUAUCGUGGCUAGCUUCCUGGGUCGAAAAUGUGCAGGGGCAGGUGAAGUACAUCAUGCUGAAUCCCAGCUCCAAGCUGAAGGGCGAAAAGGAUUGGCAGAAGUACGAAACGGCGCGUCGGUUGCUGAAGCACAUCGAUAAAAUUCGAGACACGUACCGCGACGAGUGGAAGAGCAAGGAGAUGCGUAUCCGACAGCGUGCGGUAGCGAUGUACUUUAUCGAUAAGCUUGCGCUGAGAGCGGGCAAUGAAAAGGACGACGAUCAGGCCGAUACGGUCGGUUGCUGUUCGCUGCGUUACGAGCACAUAGCGCUGCACAAGGAGCUGAACGGUAAAGAGAACGUGGUUGUGUUCGAUUUCCUCGGUAAGGAUUCCAUCCGCUACUACAAUGAGGUGGAGGUGGAGAAGCGUGUCUUCAAGAACUUGGAGCUGUUUAAAGAGAACAAAAAGCCGGGCGACGAUCUGUUUGACCGGUUAAACACGUCCGUAGUGAACGAAUAUCUGAAGGGAUUGAUGGAUGGGCUCACUGCCAAAGUGUUCCGUACUUUCAACGCAUCUUACACAUUGCAAAAGCAGUUGGAAGAAUUGACGGAUCCUAACAUGUCCGUACCGGAAAAGCUGCUUGCUUACAAUCGUGCAAAUCGUGCGGUCGCUAUUUUGUGUAACCAUCAGCGGGCCGUCCCGAAAACGCACGAGAAAAGUAUGGGCAAUCUGAAGGAAAAGAUUCGCGUGAAGCGCGAACAGGUUGAACAGUGUCAAAAGGAAUUCAAGGAUCUCAAGAAAAGUAAUGUUCGUGAUCCGAGCGCGUUUGACAAGAAGAGCAAGCAGUUGGAAAGGCUAAAGGAGCAGCUGAAGAAGUUGGAGCUCCAGGAAACGGAUAGGGAUGAAAAUAAAACGAUCGCUCUGGGCACAUCCAAGCUGAACUAUCUGGAUCCCCGUAUCUCCGUGGCUUGGUGUAAGAAGUUCGGAGUACCGAUCGAGAAGAUUUUCAACAAGACACAGCGUGACAAAUUCCGAUGGGCAAUAGAUAUGGCCGACGAAAACUACGUAUUUUAAAAGAAAGAAAAAAAAAACAACGGGACAUUAUGGACGUGCGUUGCGAUGGUUUUUGCAUAUAAAGCAAACCACCGAAGCUGUCGUCCUACAUGGACACUCGUACAAUGCGUGUCGAAUGAAAAACAUCAUUUUGUUCACCAUUUAUCAUAUUCAGCUGUGAGGUAACCACGAUGCAGUGGUAUUGAACUUCCUUUAGAUACCUAGGAAAGGAUCAGUUUCGCGACAGCUUGGUCAUAAUCGAUCCAGCCGCGAUGCACUUUUGCAAUGAAAGAUUCGCAAACCGUACGCAAUUCUAAUAUACAUUUAGAGUUUUAUUUGUUAAGAUUUGAACGCAUCUCUUGAGGAGACCGUUUUACGCGUGCCCGUAGCGUAAAGCACUCUUUGGUAUGACGUUUAGAGAGACCACACGUUCUGUGCAAGUAUGUCGAUUAUCUUUUAUUUUAAGAUAUAACGUUUCGGGGCAGAAAAACGCAAGACGACCGAUUAUGAUGUCCAACCUUGUUAGAAUAAAAUGAUGUGGAUGAAGAAGAAAAUACAGCAUUGUACCCUUGAUGUGCGGAUUCCAUUACAAGGGCUACUUUCCUAUUGUAUAUGUGCAUGCAUUGUAGGCCACUACACGCAUAAAACUAGAACAAAACAUUGGUCAGACCUAAGCGUAGUCGUAUGUUUGAAAUUUUUGUGAAAUUCAGUGCGACAGUGUUAAGGCGUAGAACUAAACGUGGCAGAGAGAGAGAGAAAGAGCAAGAGAGAGAAGGAAGAAGAAGAAGAGAGAGAGAGAGAGAGAUAUGUAGAAACGUUUAAUUUAUUUUAGUAAAAUUCCAUCAAUCAAACUGCUCGAGACUAUCUCUCCGCACAUCAGUAGAAAGAAGGGCUACAGAGGUUUUAGAAAGCCCAACAACGUUAAUUUACAAAUUCGAGUGAAAAAGGUUCGUCACACUUCUGAUUUUAUCCUUUAUUCGCUUUAACCUGCUUCUCUCAUGUAUGGCGAGGGUUGGUAGUUACGUGCGUAGUGAAGGUUCAUUGUUUCCUCUCCGUUACAACAACAAAACUGCUAAUGUGUGUGAAGUUAGUGAUGUUUCUGACAUAGUUUUAUAUUUUCUUAGCAAAACACAAACAAUUAGAUAAAUUAACAUGAUCAGGGUGGUCUCGUGGGCCAGUCGUCAACUCGCACGACUUAUCAAGCCAACCAAUGCCCGUCGUGGGUUCAAACCUUAUAUGGACCGUCGCCCCAUAGCAAGGACUGACUAUUUCCGGCUGCGUGGGGUACUAUAAUAAGUCCCGCAAGCUUUGUAUCGGGCCGGCAUGACCGCGAUGGUCGUUACGCCAAGAAGAAAAAAAAGAAGAAGAACAUGAUCGUGUAUAAUAGUAUUGGAUUCGCAUAACGUGAGUGCGUGUGUUUAGUUAGUAAUUACGCAUUGAUGAAGCGCGUAAAGUUCGCAAAUUUCACGCGAGAGGGUUUUCGGGCGGGGAGAGGGCAGGGCAGCAGGAAUGUUCUCUCUAUUACACCACGAUAAAGGCAAUAAGGUCGUACUUGGCACACCCGUUCUUCCGGCAGAUAAACCAGCCAGUGUAUAUUGUUUGUGCUCCUGUGUGUGUACACAUAAACACACUCACACACACACUGACAUUGUUUUCAAACUCUGCACAAUCAUUUGAUAUGUUAAGUUGUAGUAUUUAGGUGCGUAGAUGAUUUAUUUGGUUCGUGACACGAUGUUACUAGGAAUGCACUCUGCUGAAGCAAAACAGAAAUCAGUGUAAAAUACUUUGAUAGGAUUUAAAGAUGACUCAAAAAACAAAAUAUAUGCAUAUAUAUAUAUUUAAAACAAAAAACAACACAAACACACCCAUAUGAUACACUAAUGGAUCGCAUCUGAUUGUAAGAGGAGACAUGUUUGUGUGGAAAGCAUCGACUAACAAUCGUGUAGGGGAGGGGUGAUGGUAACUUUUAAGCAAAGAGUACAUUACACAACACAACAGCAAAGGAUCAAUUUGGUAUUUAGGGGGGUGGUGUAAUACAAGCACUGGAAGUGUGAUGCCUAACAUUAAAGACUAUCGAUGGAUCAGAAGAAGGAAGGAAGGAAGGAAGGAGGAAGGGGGGCUCGCUGUUUGUAUGUUUACGAACGGAAGUUUUGGUUUGUUUUACUCUUGAAACCUAUGAAGCGCAAGACACGAGUGUUUCAUGGGAUGGGACAUCCGUUAACAACAGUUGCAUACCCCAUUUACCGUUACAUCGCUCUAUCUACAUACACAUCUAAGCAUCUUGACUUGAUAGUGGACAAUGAUCGAGUAAACUAAACUAUAGAAAGGCGAAACGUUUUGGGUUUCGUAAAAAAAAAAA